UCUCUAUUAAUCUCCCAAAGCUGACACUUUGGUCAAGCAUUUGUGUGGGACUCGGAGAUUUCAAAAAAUAAUGAAUAACGCCUUCUUCUGGUUCAUUUUUUAUUCCUCUUGGAGUUCUUAUUAAUAAAAAAAAUUAAGUUAGACCACCAAAUAAACUUAAUCUUGGUUGCGCAACGAAAAAAAAUUCGACACCAAAAAAUAUCUGUUACAUUAGUUGAAGGUCAGUGGAUGUUUGUUUGAGGAUCGAUUUAGAAAUGUCCGAUAAAAAAGGAUCUUUAGUGUUGCUUCACGUGAUAUUUAGACAUGGAAAUAGAACUCCCGAUGCUGGACUUUAUUUUCCAAAGCAAAUCCCGGUUAAUCCCGAUGAUUAUCAACCUUAUGGACUAGGACAGUUAACAGAUGAUGGUAAAAAAAAAAUGAUUAAAUUAGGUAGAAAUUUAAAAGAGAGAUACAAACAUUUAUUAACCGAAUCGAUAAAACUAGAAAAUAUUGACCCGUGGAGUUCAAACGUACAAAGAACUAGAAAUUCUUUAAUCUUAAUAUUAAAAGAACUAAUUCACGAUGAUAACAUAGAAGAGAAAAGAUUAAAUUUCAUAGAAAUCCAUCGAGAUAAUAUGUUUUUAUCAUCAAUUACAAGUAUUUAUAGAAAUGAGUUAUUAAAAAACAAAUUUUUGAAUUUUUUAAAAACACACACAGGAAUUGAAACAAACUCAACUUAUGGGUUAUAUAGAGUCCAUGAUCUUUUAACAACACAAAAAUAUUUAGGAAUAUCCCAACCAAACUGGACGAGGGAAAUAAAUUGGGACGAUUUCAAUUAUUUAGUUUCAAAACAUUACUCGGAAACGAUGGUUGAAACUGUGGAAUUGCAAAAUUAUUUAUCCGGUAGAAUGUUGGAGAAGAUAAUUAACGAUACAAACGAAAAAAUUACGAAGGGAAACGAGAAAAUCCUACAUAUUUAUAGCGGACAUGACGUAAAUAUUGCAGGGAUGUUGGGAAUUUUAAAUCUAUCUUAUGAUCAUAUCCCUCAAUACGGUUCAUGUAUCAUUUUUGAGGUAUAUGAAAAUCGCGAAAUAAAGGUUUGAGUAAUAAUAAGUGUAUUUAUACUAUAUUUUUUAAUUCGGAGGAGUAAA